CUUCACAAACACACAAUCCGGCUUGGACAAGGAGGAGAAGGCCCACUGCACCUACCUUGGCGUGUUGCAGGGCUCUUUCAGCGGCGGAAGAACCACGCCCGCAAUGGCUGCCAGCGCGGCCUGCAGCUUCUCGGGGCGCGCCCAGACGCCCUUUAGCCAGCCAGGCCGCACGCGCCGGCGACAGCUGCGCGCCACCCCCAGCAUCCGCAGCAGCUUGGAAGAGGAGUUCAAGAAGCAGUGUCUAGGCCGCACCAAUGGCACCAGCAGCAGCAGCAACCAGGAGCGCUUGAAGGACUUGAGCGCCUCUCACUUUGGCGGCGGCGACCGCGCGGCGGCGGGCAAUGGCGCCAGCCUGCAGCCCCCCGCCGCCGACGGCAGCAGCAGCAACAACUGCGACGAGGCGGCGCCCUUCACCGCCAACCUACCGCUCAGCGGGGAGCCCUACCACCCGCUCGAGUUCUACCCCACCUCUCAGAUAGACCUGGACUGGGGCUCCGCCGCCACGCCCGACGAGCCGUGGGCCGGCGGCGCCGAGCGCUCACGCUGCUUUGUCAUCCUCUUUGGCGUGGGCCGCGCCGAGACGGAGGGCAUCUACUCGCUGCGUGCAGUGGCGAAGGACGACGGCCUGCCGGUGGACACGAUAGUGGCGUUUGAGAACGAGGAUGAUGCGCUGAGGUACUCCACGCUGCUUGAGGCCACCAUGGACCACGAGCCCACGGUGUGGCCCAUUGAGUGGGGCGAGCUGCUGGAGUUCUGCAACUCUGCGGGGUACCGGUGCCGCCUGGAGCCGUCUGGCAGCCUGCUCAUCCCCCCCGACUACAACGUGGGCAUGACCGACUGGGAGAAGAGCCUGAGGCUGCGCAAGGGCGAAUUCAGCGUGCUGGGCAACGAGCCCGCGCCGCGCCAGGCGGGCGAGGGCUUCUUCCUCGACGGCCCAAACUGGGUCUUCGAGUCGGCUCCCAUCAUGCAGGAUGACGAGGAGGUGCACACGGAGCACCUGAACGCUGUCAUCGACAGCCAGCUGAGCAGCCCCGCUGCGCUGGAGGCCAUGAAGGCCAGCCUGGAGCGCCUGCUGCCCCAGGAGUGAGCCCGCCCUUUUGGGUACCUCCCCACAUUUCAUCGGGCCAGCGCGACGUGCGCCGCGCCCCUGCACAUUGAUUGAUUUUCGGCCCACCCCUUUCUUCCAUUAGUUAGUGCAGCAGGCCCACCAUUCCGCAGUGGAACGCUCUGCAAGUUUUGGUUGUUGACGCAUCCCCGCCGCUGUGGCCGCCAGCUGGCAGCCGACCUGCGGACGCUCCCCCUCCCUCUCUCCCCCCACUUUAACCCUCCCCGCCGGCGUCUUUUCGCCUUUUGGCUGCUCUCUUCCCUCCCAUUUUGAACAAAUGAAGUUUUCGCCAGCGACCUAGUUCAUUCCGGCUGCGGCGUGCCCCCCUCGCCCGGCUGAGCUUUUCCGGAGCACCUCUUGGUGCGGCACCCACCCCUGGGCUUCGUCCCGCUGGUGCCGCGUUCUUUGCCCCAAUUGGCACCAACGCCUCGGGCCCCCCUUCCCUCAGAACCGUAGCUAAGCCACCCCAACGAAGGCAUACGCAACAGUCUCAUUCCAACUAACACUGCCCCUCCCCCCAAAGGCGCUCGGGACCUCGAUUCGCCGCCCCGUCGGCCACGACCCCUGCCUGCUCUCCGUCUGCCUUGUUUUUCCCUGCCACUCUCCUACCCAGUGCUGCGCUACUCCGCUCACCCACCCCCUGGCAAUUGUGUUUUGUGCAGCACCUCACCACUGCCACACGCCUGUUCCCCACCCCCCCGUCGGCCGCCGGCCGGACCUGGCGCGCCCCGUCACCUAGCGACCCCGCACUUGCUGUGUGUGUGUGUGUUACCACCUUCCAUUCCAGUCCUCCGUGGUUUAAUUUGUCCCGCACCGCUUGUCCCGCUGAGCCGCCCUUUGACCUAGCGCGGGCUGCUCUGGCCCCCUGUACUGAAGCAAUCAACACCGAUGUCCCUCCUGUGCCUUAUGAGACAUGUGCCGCCGUCUUCUUUAUACCCCGCUCCUCUUCUUUCCACGCCGCCACAUGCUCGCUGAGCUCAGCAAGGGCUUCUGGCCGCCCACUUGUAUCACCCUGCUCCCAGGGCGGCUGCGCCCUAAUGAUGUGUAAGGCAGAGAUAGACCCA